AUGACUUCAGCGAUUGAGAAUAAGAGACACAAGCCUCCUUCCCCUCAGCGUCUCAAAUUAGAGGAACCAUGCAAAUUUAAUUUUGAUCCAGAUGGUGAUCUUCGAUGUUUUGAUGAAGAGUGGACAAAGAGCGGGGGUUUUGAUGUCGACUUCUCGAAACUCCGUGACACAUUCGGUGCCGGAUCUGUGGAUCUCGAAGACGAUGACUUUGUUUAUCCUGAUACCGAUGAUGAGACCAACAGAGAUUGGCUCAAAACGUUUUGUAACAUGGCUAUCUCUUACUACAACGAAGAGAAGGAUACAAGCUUGGAAUUUUUCAAGGUUUUGAGAGCAAAUUAUCACCCAUCUGCUGGAAUCACACUCUACAUUACAUUCGAAGCCAAUGAUUCUUUAGAUGGUAAUCAGACAAAACCGUAUCAAGCAGUUGUUUGCUACUUACCCGUCUUUGCAUUGAUCUCUGAUUUGGUGAUGAUGGACAUGGAGUCUUCUUGGAAGUUCCUCAGAAGUGUUUGCAUACUUUCAUUUCUCCUUUGCUCUUGCUCUGUCUGCCAAACCCUCUGUGUUGUUGAUUCUCGAGAAGACGCCAAAAACCUGAAUGUGACACUGCAAGUAGAUGCUUCUAACACCACUGGACGACCCAUUCCUGAAACCCUUUUCGGAAUCUUCUUUGAGGAAAUCAAUCAUGCUGGAGCUGGUGGACUGUGGUCGGAACUUGUCAGCAACAGAGGAUUUGAAGCUGGUGGACAAAACAUCCCUUCCAAUAUCUCUCCUUGGUCCAUUAUUGGAGAUAAAUCAUCCAUUUAUGUAGUUACAGACCGUUCUUCAUGUUUUGACCGCAACAAAAUCGCACUUCGAAUGGAUGUGCUUUGUGACAGCAAUAGUUGUCCAUCGAAAGGAGUCGGGGUUUAUAACCCGGGUUAUUGGGGCAUGAACAUUGAACAAGGGAAGAAAUACAAAGUGGUGCUCUAUGUGCGUUCGAUUGGGGACAUCGAUGUGUCUGUGUCAUUGACAAGUUCGAAUGGAUCAUUGACCCUUGCUUCAGAUAAAAUUAUAGCUUUGGCUUCUGAUGUUUCAAACUGGACUAAAAAGGAAGUGCUUUUGGAGGCAAAUGGAACGGAUGAUAGUGCAAGACUUCAAUUAACAACUACCAAAAAAUGUUCAGUUUGGUUUGACCAAGUCUCAGCCAUGCCUGUGGAUACUUACAAGGGACAUGGUUUCAGGAAUGAUCUUUUCAAGAUGAUGGCUGAUCUAAAACCCCGUUUCAUCCGUUUCCCGGGUGGUUGUUUUGUGGAAGGUGUAUGGUUAGGCCAUGCAUUUCGCUGGAAAGAAACCGUGGGAGCUUGGGAAGAGAGACCUGGCCAUUAUGGUGAUAAUUGGAAUUACUGGACUGAUGAUGGCCUUGGCCACUUUGAAUUCUUUCAAUUGGCUGAAGAUAUUGGUGCAGCUCCAAUAUGGGUGUUUAACAAUGGAAUCAGUCACACUGAUGCAGUUGAAACAGCAAGUGUCAUGCCAUUUGUUCAGGAAGCGCUUGAUGGUAUCGAGUUUGCUCGUGGUGAUUCAAAUUCUCCAUGGGGAUCAAUUCGAGCUGCAAUGGGACAUCCAGAGCCUUUUGAACUGAAAUAUGUUGCGGUCGGAAAUGAGGAUUGUGUCAGGCCAUACUACAGAGGAAACUAUCUUGAGUUCUAUAAUGCUAUCAAAAAUGCUUAUCCAGACAUCAAAAUAAUCUCUAACUGCGAUGGAUCAUCUCAACCGCUUGAUCACCCUGCUGAUUACUACGAUUAUCACAUUUACACUCUUGCCAAGGACUUGUUUUCUAUGUCCCAUAAAUUUGACAGUACAUCGCGCGAUGGUCCAAAGGCUUUUGUUAGUGAAUAUGCUGUAAACAGCACAGAUGCUGGUACUGGAAACCUUCUCGCGGCUCUUGGGGAAGCAGGGUUCCUCCUUGGUUUGGAAAAGAACAGUGACAUUGUUGGAAUGGCAAGUUAUGCACCUCUCUUCGUCAACACAAACAAUAGAAGGUGGAAUCCGGAUGCAAUAGUUUUCAAUUCCUCUCAUUUGUAUGGAACUCCUAGCUAUUGGAUCCAACAGUUCUUCACAGAUUCAAGUGGAGCUACUCUUCUCAAUUCUACACUCAAUGGAAACUCUUCUUAUGUCGAAGCAUCUGCCAUCUCCUUCCAAACCAAUGGCUCAGAUUACGUACAGAUUAAGGCUGUGAACUUUGGAGACAAAACGGUGAAUCUGAAGGUAUCGAUGACCGGAUUGGACUCGAGGAUCACAAGAGUUUCUGGAUACAAGAAGAAAGUACUUACAUCUACCAAUGUGAUGGAUGAGAAUUCCUUCUCAAAUCCAGAGAUGAUUGUGCCACAUGAAAGCUUGAUGGAGAUGCAUGAGGAGGAGGAUCUGAUGGUUGUUCUUCCGCCGCACUCGUUCUCGUCUUUCGAUUUCUUGAAAGAAUAUGCAAAUAUCAAGAUGCUAGUAUCUGAUUCUUACAAGAAAAUUUCAACAAUGUGA